AUGAGGCACCUCCUUCAGUAUCUGGGCUGCUUCUUUGCCUUCUUCUCGGCUGGUUUCCUGGUUGCGGCAACCUGGACUGACUGUUGGAUGGUGAACACCGAUGACUCCUUGGAGCUGAGUGCAACGUGUCGUGGUCUGUGGUGGGAAUGUGUCACCAAUGCCUUUGAUGGGAUAACAACCUGUGACGAAUAUGACUCCAUCUUGGCUGAGCACCCAGUGAAACUGGUCCUCACCCGGGCCAUGCUGAUCAUGGCGGAUAUCCUGGCUGGUUUUGGAUUCACCUUCCUCCUUCUGGGUCUCGACUGUGUGAAAUUCCUCGUGGAUGAGCCUGGCAUCAAGAGCCGCAUCUGCUUCAUAUCUGGAUUGGUUCUCUUAACUGGAGGUGUCCCAGGGCUCAUCGGUUCUGUCUGGUAUGCCAUUGGUGUCUAUGUGGAACGCUCCACUCUGGUUUUGCACAACGUCUUUGUGGGCAUCCAGUAUAAAUUUGGUUGGUCCUGCUGGCUGGGACUGAGUGGAUCUCUAGGAUGCUUUUUGUCAGGUGCUUUCCUGACAUGUUGCAUGUACCUCUUCAGAGAUGUUGGCUCAAGCAGGUACCUUUCCUCCAGUACCUUACGGAAAGCUUGUCCCAGUGCUGGAAUGGUCAGCCUGUAUCAUCCGUCCUCCCAGACAGCCACAGCCAAAAUGUAUGCCAUGGACACCCGGGUAUGAGACAAGAGUUUGUUCUUCUGUGCCACAAUUUAUGGGGCUGUUCCAAAGGCCAGGUAAGGUAAUAAUUUUGGCAGCCAUGUGACUCAUCGCAAAAGACUUUGGCUGGUUUCAUGAAGGACAUGUAGGUCAUCUCCUCCUGAAAGCCAGUUUCCUUGCAUGUUUUUUGCUUUCUUUCAAAAUUGUGACUACAGCAAAUGCAGUGUCUGAGGCAGGAGGCAAGUGGGUUUAAUUUGAGUGGUCAGCCCUAGAAAUAUGGUUGUUUAAUUUCAAGGUGGGUGGCACAUUUCUGAGGACAGAGAUAGCAUCAAUUGUGUGUAUUGUUAACAGCCAGAAAAAUUUUGUAAUAGACGUUCACCUUCUGGGGCACAUCAUCUCCUGCUGGAAGAAUUGAAAUGUGCAUUAUACAGGUUGCUAAGACAUCGUCCUGUGGAUGCAGGGAAUUCCAGAGCAUAAAGCAGCAUCCCUGCAGGGACAUAGCCAGGAUUUUAGGAAGGGGGGGGUCCAGACUAAGUGCCACCAUUAUAAUGGGGCUUGGGUGUGGCAGCACAGCAGCACACACCAUUCAUUUUUGUAAUGGAAGGGGGGGUCUGGACCCCAAGACCCCCCCCUCCUUGGCUACAUCCCUGAUCCCUGAUGGAAAGGACUGUUUGGCCGCCCAAAACAUGGAAAUGAGAUCAUGCAAUGAAUAACAUUUGGGGAGCUGUCUGACAUGAUCUGGAGCAGACAUUGUUUUCGAGCUGCCUGUU